AGUUCAUCUCGGACUCGGAGCUUCUGGCUAUGGAAGCAAAUGACACUUUCACAGUCCCAAAACCCUAAAAACCCCACACGGAAACACUCUUCGAAAUAUAUCAAACUCUACUGAAACUGCAACCAUGUACGGAGGUGACGAGGUAUCUGCGAUAGUGGUUGACUUAGGCUCCCACACCUGCAAAGCCGGUUAUGCGGGCGAGGAUGCACCGAAGGCUGUCUUCCCAAAUGUUGUUGGUGCAAUCGAUCAAAUGGAUAUUGAGGAUGCUGAAAAUAAUGCUGCUUCUGCCGAUUCUAAGAAUAAUGUGAAUCCACUUGAUUCUGAAAAAGGGAAAGGAAAACGUAAAUUAUAUGUGGGCUCUCAAACCUUAGGAUUUCACCGGGACCAUAUGGAGGUGCUCUCACCUUUAAAGGAUGGAAUUGUUGUUGACUGGGAUAUCGUGGACAACUUAUGGGACCAUGCUUUCAGGGAAUGUCUAUUGAUUGAUCCUAAGGAGCACCCGAUGCUACUUGCAGAACCAUCAUCUAAUAUUCAACUGCAGAGGGAAAGGACAGCGGAGCUUAUGUUUGAGAAGUAUCAAGUUCCUGCAUUAUUUUUGGCAAAGAAUGCUGUUCUCACGUCUUUUGCAUCAGGACGUGCUACUUCAGUAGUUGUUGACAGUGGGGGAGGAUCGACUACAGUUGCCCCAGUACACGAUGGGUAUGUUAUUCAAAAGGCAGUGGCAUCUUCUCCUAUCGGAGGAGAAUUUCUUACUGAUUGCUUGAUGAAAAGCUUGGAAAGCAAAGGUUUAGUGAUAAAACCUAGAUACUCUUUUAAGAGAAAGGAAAUACGGCCAGGCGAGUUUCAGACAAUAGAUGUUGAUUUUCCAAAUACAACAGAAAGCUACAAGCUCUAUUGCCAGAGAGUAAUUGCUAGUGAUAUUAAGGAAUGCGUAUGUCGCACCCCUGAUACUCCCUAUAAUGAAGAUGCAUAUUUAAACAUUCCUACAACCUCAUAUGAGCUUCCCGAUGGCCAGACCAUUGAAAUCGGAGCUGACAAAUUCAAAAUUCCCGAUAUCCUGUUCAAUCCUUCAUUGGCUCAGACAAUUCCUGGUAUGGAAAGUUUUGCUGAGGUUGCUCCUUCUGUUCGUGGUUUGCCGCAGAUGGUUAUAGAGAGCAUUAAUAGGUGCGAUGUGGAUAUUCGAAGAGAAUUAUUUAGUAGUAUACUGCUUGCUGGUGGCACAGCAUCACUGCAACAGUUGAAAGAAAGACUUGAAAAGGAUCUGCUAGAGGAGUCCCCUCAAGCUGCCAGGGUUAAAGUAUUGGCAAGUGGUAACUCAACGGAACGGAGAUUUAGUGUUUGGAUUGGAGGGAGUAUCUUGGCAUCCCUUGGUUCAUUUCAGCAAAUGUGGUUUUCCAAAUCAGAGUAUGAAGAACAUGGGUCUUCCUACAUACAACGAAAGUGCCCUUAACUUAAAAGUUCAAUGUAGCCUUACUAACAUGGACAAACAGAUGAUUCUCUGGAACCUGCAAAUCGUAGAGCGCCGACUCCUACCCCCAAGACAGUGGUAUCCAGCCAUCUCUUGUGUGCUAUUUAGGUAUCAAGUAAACCUCUACAUUCUUUUUAUGUUUUCGUUCACAGCUAACAUUCAGUUUCAUGUUAGUAGCUUGUUGAUUAAUGCCCAGUAAGUAGUCACUGCACUUGAAAAACUAUCAUUAACAUUCAGUCUUAAGAAAUUAUAUAAUGAUAAUGACCAUGUGAAGUGAAACCUAUCACAAGCAGAUCAUUCAUUUA